GUCAUUCCAUAAAUAAGUAUACUCAGGUAGCAAACAUAAGAGAAUGCAUUAUAUAGUGAUGGGUUUAGAGAGAUCAAGUGCAGGUGAAGAACAAGAGCCAGACUAGUAGAUUGGUUAUGGAUUACCAGCAGAAAGGUCUCAGGGCCAGCUACUGUUAAAAAUUACGAACACAGAGGUCCCUAGUGGGCUCUGGCCAUAGGUUUUAUUUUGGGAAAGGGACGAGGAGAGGCGCUGGAUCGGCAGCAGUCGCCGCCUGGCGAAGCGCUAAAUGAUUCUCCCUCUCCGUGGAUGAGCGGGGCCACCGGGACCCUGCAGCCGAGUUUCCCGCACACCGCUGCAGACUGCAGCCUCAGUUUUCCAUACGUCCCUACAACGUUCAGGGCAACGCGAUGUAUACCCCAUACCUGCGGAGACGGCGGUUGACAAGACAAAAUGGUUAAAUUAAAAUGUAGUCUAUGAUGGUGGGAAUUUACCCGAGCAAACCACAUUAAGAUUAUUGAAAUGAAAGCAGUUGUCUUCCAUCUGAAAUGGCGGCGGAGCUGAGUUCUUCUUCCAGCCGCGCCCGGGCGGUGUCGCGGCGAUACCGGUGGUCAAGGGCUUCAGGACCCUUGGUGUUGUUUCUGAUUGUUGUGUGGCUCACCGCUGCGGCAGAAACGUUGGAUUUGACCAUUUUUAGAAGUCCAAAGAAUGUACUUUUGUAUACGGACAUUACCUUGGAAUGUGAAGUUACUGAUUUUGGAUCGCCCGUUCUUGACCUAUCAAACGUAGGUGUUCAGUGGUUGUAUGGAUCCCAAAAGAAAGAAAUCUACACCUUUAAUGCAAGAACAAUUACCGCUAAACGAUCUGGAGCCAAAAUAUCUGAAACUGAAUUACAGAGGAAUGACAAAGGAGAUGCUUCACUUUAUCUUCCAAAUAUCCAAUUAAGUGAAGCAGGAGAAUACACCUGUGUUGUGCUUGUCACUCCUGACAAAGUGGAAAAGAGCUCACGAGUUGUGGUUUUGGCUAAGCCAAAGGUGCUUCUAUCCACACAACACAUUACCAUUCUGAAUGGUACAGAGAAAUCUGUCUGGUGUGAUGCUAUGGAAUUUUAUCCUCAGAAUCAUGAAAUCUCCUGGGAAAAGAUAUCCAGAGGGAAAGCUGAAAGAUUGGAAAGACAUAUCUGUACUGGAGCUGCAGUUUCUAAUAAUGAUGGAACGUAUAAUGUUUCCAGUAAUAUUAGAAUUGUACCAACUCUGAAUGAUGAUGGUAAUAUAUACAAGUGUACAGUGAGACAUCAGUCCCUUCCAGAUGAACUUUCACAAGAGGUGAAACUCACAGUUGAAGUUUCAGAGCCUGAAUCAACUUCAACAGCAGCAGUGGUUAUUUCUGCACUUCUAGGAGUAUUUGGGUUACUGUUUGCUGCAGGACUUCCUGCUUAUUUGUGGAUCUUUCUAAAAGUUGCACCAAAAAUUACUGGAUGCAGUGAACAUCAAGUUUUGAAACAUCUUGAAGAAAAAGUAGUCACUUGGAUGGUUAACUCAUUUCGGCCUCGUGAUGUUACAGUUGUGAUCUACGCAAAGAGGAAGCAGGAGGAUAAACAUCAGCUUCUGAAUUGGAGCAAUAAGGAUUGGAAUGAAAACUACAGUCAGCUUGCAUCAACAAAUGGACCAGAUCGUAAUGAAAUGAAGAUCCUUUUGCGGUCAGAUGUUGAAGAUGCAUCCUUUAAGCCACGGAUUUCUGAAUUUAAAAGUAACACACUUAAGAUUUCCAGUGUAGAAGUCAGUGUCAGAAUAUAUCCAGAUAUUUCUCAGGAUGAUGGGGCUGAGUUAAGGAUCGAAGUUCAACAUCGAGCACUUAAAGAGCCUAUAACUAAGACAUUGACGCUAGAUGUUACAGGAGUGCCACCUAAGGUUUUAAACAUUUUGACGCCACCUCUCAUCAGGAACAAGGAACCUGCGGCUUUGUCUUGUUCAGUCAGUGGAUUUAAACCAAGGCCAUUAAGUAUUAUAUGGCAACAAAAGAGAAAAAAUGCAGAUUUGGAAGAACUUGUCCGGUUGCAGCUGGACAAUACGACAAUCAUACACAGUGACAACAAGAUGAAAUUGAAGGCAAAGCAGUACAUCAGUGAAGUGGAGCAUGAAGACAAAACUUACAGCAUUGCUAGUGUAUUAGUUAUUGUGCCAGAUAUACAGCAAGACCAGAGCUCGCAGUACUUCUGUAGCAUACUGCACCACUCCACUAACAACAAGCAAGAGAAAGCAAUAACCCUAAGAAUUACAGCUCCUCCAAAACUGGGCACUAUAAAGUGUGAACCAGCAAAACCAAUUGCAGAAGAGCCCAUGAUUUUAAGCUGUCAAAUAUGUGCAUUUUCCCCCAGAGAUAUCACUGUUAAAUGGCUCAAAGAUGGCUCAGAAAUUCAACAAAAUUCUGUAAUUAAUAAGGCAGAAACUGGACAGGAUGAACUCUAUCAGUUGACAGCUAAUGUGAAGAUUGUUCUCACCAUUGCUGACGCUAGGACAAAAUACACAUGCCAAGUCAUACAUGAGAGCUUAACAAAGCCAACAGAGACUCACUGGGUAGCUGGUGAAGUGAUUUCAUUGCCAAAGAUCUCGGAAAUUAAGGCAGAUCCACCUUCCCCUGAAAUAGGAAAGCCUUUAACACUUUCCUGCACGGCUUAUGAAUUUUAUCCAGAAGGAAAUCAGAUACUCUGGUUCAAAGAUUUCAGUAAAAUUCAAGAUCCAUCAAGAGAAGGAAUAGUCACUGAAGCAAGUAAAGAGGAUUCCAGUGGUUUGUACUCACGAUCAUCCCAGUGGACAUUUACACCAACGACUGCAGAUCAUGGGAAAGAGUUUAAGAUGCAGUUCCUUCCCUCUGAAACUUCAAACAAGCCUGUGACAUCCAGUUACUGUCUGCAUUUAAGAGGCCCUGCCUAUAAGAAAGGUUCCAAGAGUUUCAAUCUUUUAAAAGUCAAGGCUGACAAGCAAGACGGCAGCAAUGGAGCAAAAAGUGAAGGCCCUGCCUAUAAGAAAGGUUCCAAGAGUUUCAAUCUUUUAAAAGUCAAGGCUGACAAGCAAGACGGCAGCAAUGGAGCAAAAAGUGAAGGCCCUGCCUAUAGGAAAGGUUCCAAGAGUUUCAAUCUUUUAAAAGUCAAGGCUGACAAGCAAGACGGCAGCAAUGGAGCAAAAAGUGAAGCAGAAGUAUGGCAGAAGGUUUCAGAAAUAAAAUGCCUCACAAAAAAUCCUAAAAUUGGUCAACCAGUAACUCUUUCUUGCGAUGUUAAAGAAUGUGCCCUCGAAGAGGCUCAUAUCAUCUGGUACAGAGAUGCUUAUCUGUUUGAUGAAAAUGAGUUUGUUACAAACAAGCCAUUUGAAAAUGCUAGCGGUUUCACCACUGAACUAACUUAUACACCAAAAGCAAAUCAUAAACAUCACAUCCAAGUUCAACUUAAAUUUAAUUUGGAAGAACAUAUGAAACAAUAUGACUUGAUGUUAAGUUGAAUUUAUGCAGCAUUUUCUGGAAGAGUCAGCAUGGAAUCUCUUUUUAAAUUGAAGAUAGCGCUUCAAUUAUAACUGAGAAUAAAACAAUUUACUGUCAACUUCAUUGUUCUUUUGCAGUUUAUCAUCCAGUAUCCGUUCACCAUUCUGAUUGGUAAAUUAAUCUAGUUUAGUUAACAUAAAUUUUAUUUAAGUCACAAAAGUUGCACAAUUGUGAGGCAGUCAGUGAUUUAGUUGUAGGUGUAAGGAGAAAUUAAUUGAGGAUGGCAGAUGUGUCCCAAGAUCUUGUGUACAAUAGGAGUUGUCUGAUCUGAUGCAUUAAGCCACAAUGAUUUAAUUAUGUCAAUCUGCUGGACAAAUCCACGGAAUCACUUAUUACAGUUCAGUUGAACUCUUAAGCUAUUUGCACAAAAAUGUACCUACUAUUGUGUAUUUAUGAACAUUGACUCUCUCCUCCCUUUGCCCCCAGCUAAUCAGGUGGAUCAGAUGCAUUGAUCAAAUUUGUAAAUUUUUUAGAAACACAACAAAUGCUAGAGGAACUCAGCAAGUUGGGCAGCAUCUAUUGAGGGGAAUGAAGGGGCAAUGCACACAGAGGAAUCAGAAACUACGGAGCACAGGUUUAAGGUGAGAGGGGAAGAGUAUAAAAGGGACCUGAGGGACAGCUUCAUACUGGUACAGUAAAAAUAUUUAAGUGUUUGGAUGAGUACCUCACUGUACUCUCCACUGAGGCCAGGGGAGAAAAUAACCAGAGGACAUGGGUUAAGGGUGAAAAGGGGAAAGUUUAAAGGGAACAUUGUGGAGGCUUCUUCACACAGAGAGUGGUGGGAGUGUGGAACGUGCUGCCAGAUGAAGUGGUAAACGUGGGCUCACUUUUAACAUUUAAGAAAAACUUGGACAGGUACAUGGAUGAGAGGGGUAUGGAGGGAUAUGGCCCAGGUGCAGGUCAGUGGGACAAGGCAGAAAAAUGGUUCGGCACAGCGAAAAAGCUUGUUUCUUUGCUGUCAUGUUCUAUGGUAACUGGAUUGGAAGGUUUUAAAAGAAUAUUAUAUGCAAAUUGAUUUCAAAAAAUGAUAUUCAAACUUCUGGUAAUUGCCCCCCCUUCAUUCUUUCCUGCCGCCCCCCUUUAGAAAUUUCCCAUUCCUGUUUCUCUUUCUCACCUUAUCCCCUUACCUGCCCAUCCCCUCCCUCUGGUACUCCUCCCCCUUCCCUUUCUUCUAUUCUCUCCUAUCUGUUUUCCCCUGCCCUAGCCCUUUUAACUCUUUCACCAUCCAACUCCCCAGCUCUUUACUUCACCCACCCACUUCCUGUUUCACCUAUCACCUACCACUUUGUGCUUUUUCCUCCCCUCCCCCAGCUGUCUUACUCCGAUCUCCUCGUUUUUCCCCUACUCUUGAUGAAAGGUCUCAGCUAUAAACGUCGACUGUUUACGCUUUUCCAUAGAUGCUGCCUGGCCUGCUUGCAUCUCUGGCCCUUCAUUAUUGCAAGGUUUAACAUUUUAGGACUAAUGUUAAGGUUGUUGGAAUUCAGUAAAAUGGACUAGAAUUGCAGUCACAGACCAAUUAGAACCAAGGAUAUAACAAUCCCUGUUGUGUGCAGAACCCCUUUUCUGACUUUAAAUAUUAGUAUCUAUUGUAAACCAGAAAGGGGAUUUCUGCAAUCCAGCAUUGACACCAGAAAGCUUGAUUGCAUCAAAGGAUUAUGUGUACUGUUUACUGAGAGGUGUUUUAAUUUUUAAAGCAUUUUAGACAUCAGUCAUUAAAUAUUAGACCAUCCACAUGUGAACACAUUUGAAGAUGAUAUAUAAAUUUUGUAUAUUAACCUACGUUUUAAGAUUUACAUGUAUAUGUUAUGUCAGUUUGGGCAGCAAAGUUAUUGAGCCUUUUUGUACAAGUAUGUAUGUGAAAUGUCUAAACUUUCAUGUGUUAACCUAAGCUUAGAAUUGUAACAACUAUAAAUGAAUAAUCUAUGCUUGUAUGCAAGUCCUGAAGUUCUCUAACUUUUACAGAGAGAUGAAGGAAACCGCUGAUAAAUAUGAUGUACUGGGAUUUAUUUGGUAGUCCAUCUGGUACUUGGAAAUUGCGGUGAGAAAAGGAACAAAUAUACCAUUCACUGAAAAUUGUAUGCUAGUUAACAACUGGUUGUAAAAUUUGAUUCAUAUAUGUGGGCUGCACCAGGAGAAUUGGAAGAGAAAAUCUUUGAUGAAUUUCUUGUGGGGCAAAAACAGCAUGAAUAUACAUAGUAUGUCUUGUUUUUUAUUGUCUCUUGAAAUAUAUUUUCAUUAAAUGUAUUUGAAUUCUAGAAAAACAAGUAAACGCUAGUUGUAAUUUUGGUAUAUGAAUAUAACUGCCUCCUAACAGUUACAUCUAGCAUUUGUGAACAAAUUGGUGUUUGAUAUUAGCAGGUGUUGCCUGUUGCAGCCGCUGAUAGUGUGCUGCCUCCAGUGCUGUAUAUGACCGUUGCUACUGUGUUCUGCACCUUGGCCCCGGAGGAACGUUGUUUCCUUUGGCUGUAGUCAUAGGUAUUCAUGUAUGGCAGAAUGACAAUUAAAUUUGAACUUGAGAUUGAGCUUCAUAUUUUCGUGCACUUGAGAAAUAUUUGAUGUUAUUGAACGUGUGAAUUGUUGACUGGCAUAAGCUGCCACUUGCCUGAGUUACUUACGCUGUUGGUGAUAUCCUGCACCAGGUCUGAACUGGGCACAGGAUCUGAGUGAUAUCCCUGUGAGGUUUUGUUACACCCAGGGCAACCUUCAGUAAUGAGAAUCGGUCUUCAAAAAACACUUGUUGAGACGUUAAUUGUGAGCAGUAAUCUUUUUGGAAUUCAAAGGACAGCUUUGUGAAUAAACAGCACUGUACAGAACACAGGGUACUGGACCCAGCAAGGAGGGUGCUCAAGCAAUAGGCUUGCAAAUUUGCAUGACCAUGUGUUGUUUUCAUUUGCAUCAGCUAAACAUAAUGAGUUGGGGGGGGGGGUGUUAAUUGAUUGGCAUCAGAUAAAUUUUAUUGUUUCCUUGCACCAUUGUGAUAGAGAUCAAGAAGUUUUUAAGCCAGACUUAUUUUGUCACUUAGCAGGUCAAAGGUGUAUUUGUUCUUUCAUCUGAAAUAUAUGUGUCCCAGAUAUUCAGUCCCCACAACAUUAAUGUUGGUCACGUGUAUUCAGAAGCUGUUAGAUUAUCCAUGUAAAUAUAUCCUGUGCCAGAAAAAGUGUUUGAACAUUCAGAGAUGACACAGUACUGUAUAUACCUAUGUAAAUCAAUGGAACAAUAUCUAAGCCUCAAAAUAUUAAACUAUUUCAUUUUACUA